AUGUUCAUUCUAUUCCUGUUCUUUCUCAUUAUAAACUCAACACAGUCAUUUACUGAAGGUAUACAAUAUUUUGAAAAACUUUCUCUUUCUUCUACAGAACCCACAUAUACAUCAAAAGCUUUCUCGUAUAUUCUCAAUCACGGCGGUUAUGCUAUACUCAGCGCUGGAAGAAAUUCGUACGAUCCUUACGAUUUCGAUCUUGAGGAUAGUGCUAUCAAUUGUCGGCGAGAACAACUACAGAAUGAUCUCUUAGAGCAUGGCUAUCUUUUCUCAACUAUACGAGGUGUUUACGACGGCAUCGAAGAGACGAGUUUCUUCGUUUCGUUAUUCAACAAUACGAUCGAGCAAAUAUAUGAAAUAAUGAACCUUGGAAUGAAAUACAAUCAAGAAAGUGUAAUCUAUGUUGGUCAAGAACGACAUCAAUCGUUAGUUGAACAGCAGUUGAUCUACAUAAACGGAGCACUUAAUGGAUCGUAUAUAAGUGGCAAUGGCUUCAAGAUCUUUUUACCGUCAUCUUCAAUGAUCGAUAACUAUAGUGAAGUUAAUGUUUGUCCAGUGAAUAAAUUUGUAUUCACAUUGAUAUUCGAUUUUAAUUAUUUAUAUAAGUACGAUCGACAAAGAUUUCUUCAAAUAAAUACAAGCAUUAGACGUAACAAGUCCAGUGAAAUAGAAGCCGUCAGACAAGCAAAUGUUAUGCCACAACGACAACAAUUUUUUUUCUCUGUUUCAUAA